AUGGCAGUGAUGAUUGUAAACGACAUCGAAGAACACAACAAAACAGAAAAGACAGAAGAGGAAGAAGAGGCAGAAAGCAUGGACAAGCUGAAAGCAAUUGUAUGGCCAAUGGUGAUCAUUGGGAUGUUUUUGAUGACUGUCACAAUAGAUGGUUCUGCUCUGCACAGUCCUAUGUGGAUGAUACCUACAAUAAUGGUAUUUGGGUUGACACUGGGGUUUGAUUCAAGUGUGCUAUAUGCAGAUCGCAAGAAAGGAUGGAAGCAGUGGAUAGCGAUAUCGUUGACCUGCAUGGCGCUUGUAGCAUGCCUAUUGGUUUUCGUGAUGACUGCUAGCAGAGGGUUUUAUAACCGUGGAUAUACAGCAAAUUUGAUCCGGUGUCUGGCGCUUGGAAGCCUGCUGAGAUGGAUGCACACGAUUGAUAUGGUGUAUGGAGUGUGGAGACGAAUACUGGAUUAUAUUGAGAGUCUGAGCGAGGGGCGCGAGAAGAUGCAUAAGUUUGUGAAGCAUGUGUGGUGGAUGGAGCAUGUGAUGGUUGGGAUGGUUGUGCUUGGAUGCAUAGCAGCAAAUUGCUUGGCUGUUUAUGUGAUAAAAAGAAAUAGAUUGGUUGAUUUUGUCUGA